CAUAUUUUUAUGUUUAUGUAGUCCAAAAAUGUGUCAAAAUUAAAAUUUAAAAACAUUGAAUUGAAUUUUGGAACUUGGACCAACAUAUUGAAUUAUCAAUUUAUAUUUUUAACAAAUUAUGCCAAUGCUAAGUAAUUAAAUAAAGUUAUCAUAUUCGAUAAAUGUAAACAGUACUCCUAUUUAGUUUUACUGUUGUUAUUACAAACAAUUUAAUGUCAUACACCGGUUAGGAUUUGAGAGUAUAUAAUUCAAUUGUCAGUAAUAGUUUUUUAAAAUGGUUAUCAUAGCUAUUGGACCCUUUAAUGUUACGAUAAAUUUGAAGCAAUUAGUCAGCAAAUUGGCACCAACAAUUAAAGAACAGUUUCAGGCAUUGAAUUUCAAGAAUGUACCAAAAGGAAAAUUAGUGUAUUUAGAGCUGCUUGGUAAAAACCCCAAGGUCCAUGAAGUUAUAGAGAGACUGAACAAUAAAGUGUAUAAAAAAGUAAAACUAAGUGCUUUCAUACCUAAAGAAGUGCCUCAGAAUGCUAUAUCAAACAAACCAGUGUCAAUUCCGACGAAAUUAAGACGUAAUUGUAAAAUUCCGGCCAUCUUUACUGAUGAUCAGAUCCGCAAAGUCUCAAUGGAUUGCUUUUUAAUAGAGUUGCAGACAAAGUUCACUGGGCUCUUCGAUCUAAGCGAGUCCACUGGGCACAAACUGCUGGAGAAAAUGGCACAGACUAUAUACGAUCGCAUCUGCGAGGUACACCAAGAAUCACCGGUGGAUACCUGCUUCAAGUUGACCAGCUUCUACCGCAGGAGGUAUCCGCACUACACGGACUUCCAGUUCAUCCAGUCGACCCUGCACGACAUACAGGACGCGCAGGGCGCGCCGCGACUGGACAUCGACGAGAAUGAAUUGUGUGCAGUGGCAAUUGAUGAGUUCCUGGGAUUUUCAUUUGAACAUACGCAGCAGGCGUGCAAUUUAAACAUCAACUGGAUAUCUAAGCUGUUAAACCAACACGUGAAGGGCUUGACGGUGAACGAUGGAGACUCCAGUCCCGAGGGAGUCGCUAAAAUGACAGUCAGAAAACAUUUGAAGAAAAUGGCGCCGCACAUAUCCGGGUAUGUGAGGCAAGUUAUCAUAAAUCACAUUCUGCCCGCAAGAGAAAGUUAUUAUGUUGUAAAGGUAUACGGCGAGCCGUACCUGCCCAACAAGACGGCCAUGCUGCCGUUCACCCAGCAGUUCCGAACCGUGUCCACUAUCCGCUCCGAGCAUAUGUACAACCACAUCUCGCUAAAGGUGCCGUGGAUGACGUAUUUGCAGCUGCUGAAAUCCGACGGGCAGAACAUAGAGAACGCAAAACUGGUGAUAAGACCAGUCAAGUCGCACUUAUACAAGAUAAAGCGAGUCAUGACACACAGCUCAUUGAGACAGAGCGAUGACGAGGUCGGUAACGUGGUGUCCGGUGACGAGGAGGUCGGUGACGUGGUGUCCGACGACGAGAAGAUCGCUGAUGAUGCAGAGCAUUCCGAUGUACAGGAACACGGGGAGACAGAGAACAUGGAGUGGUCAGAAGACUGGUAGACUAGAUUAGAUAUUACUAAAUUACACCAUUGAAGAACUUGGUCUUACCUCUGAUAAUUCCGUUAGAUGGCGUAAUAUAAAAAUGUGAGAUGUCAUGUUGCUCAAUACACAGUAAUCCUAUUGAAUACACAGUGACCCAGUUUUGGUCCUAGAUAGAGAUUUAGGGUAUUUUACGACCUAGGUACGACAACAGGCCAGGGGGCGGGGUUCGAAAAACUACCUCUCGGGGUCCGAACACUUUAAUACUGAGCUAUUGAGGCUUUUAAUUUUUGGAUAUACAACUAAAUAAAAAAUAUUUAUGUUUUUAAUGUUUCAAUUUAUAAUUGUAUUUUUGUGUGCAAUAAAGUAUUUCUUCUUCUUCUUCUAAAAUUUGGCAGUAGUAAAUAUCGAGCCGCGAUAGCCUAGUGGAUAUGACCUCGACCUUCGAUUCGGAGGGCGUAGUUCAAAUUACAAAUCCGGUCCGGGUCAUGCACCUUCAACUUUUCAGUUAUGUGCAAUACAAGAAAUUAAAUAUCAAGUGUCUCAAACGGUAAUGGAAAACAUCGUGAGGAAACCUGCAUACUUGAGAAUUUUCUCAAUUUUCUACGUGUGUGAAGCAUGCCAAUGCGCAUUGGGCCAGUGUGGUGGACUAUUGACCUAACUCCUCUCAUUCUGAGAGGAGACCCGUGUUCAAAAGUGAGCCGAAUAUGGGUUGCGAGCCGAAUGAUGAAGGGCGUAGGAAGUCGCGACGUUCGCUAGUAGUAUAGCAACAAACGUUAAAAAUUACUAGAACAAAUCAAAUUCCAUUCUGUUUUACUAUUUUGACUCAAAAACGAAAAAAUAAAUUGUAUGGUUUUUAUACUAAUUACAUAGUUAUUAAGAAUAAAUAAAGUAAUAAAACUAUAA